CGAAACCAACCUUAAUUUCUUUUUCCCGCUUCCUAAUUUUCCCCUGUUCUGUUCUUCUUCUUCCUUAACGACCUCUAGGCCUUUUAUUUCUUUUGUCUUUUACUUUCUUUCUUCAUCGGGAUCUAAGUAAUAUGAAUGGUUUGCAAAGACAACUCAAUAAAAGAGUAUGUAAUAGAGUUGUUUCGUGUGGAUGACCCCAUUUUGGUUCUUUAAUUUUGAACAAUCCCAAUUUUGUUAAAAAUUUCUUUGUCUUUUACUUACAUCACUUUUUCUCUUUUUUUUUUUUUUUUUUGCUUUUUUAUUUCAACUAAAAAAGACACUUUUCCGUAUCUAACCGCCAAAAAAAAAAUGGUAUCUCUCCGCUUCCCAUUCUCGUUUCCUCAGCCACCAAAGCCCCCCCGUCGUAGCUUUCUCCGACCCUCGUACGCUGUCGCUGUCGCUGCCGGCGGCGCUGCGGCGGCAGUCGGAUUUGUCUAUGCAGCUAGGAACUCGACGAACCCACAAACCCCAUUUCUUGAAAGCGCAUUGAAUUUGCUCUUCUCAGAUCAUUCAUCUCCCUUGUGGGCUUCUCUCUCUCUGGCGGAAAAUUCGGCCGCCUCUUCAGUUGUUGAUUCGAAGACUGGAUUUUCAUUUCCGUCUGUGAUUGGAGAUUCUCAGCAGCUUCUUGGAAUUGGGUUGCGAAGAAAAGCCAUUUUGGGACUGAAGAACAUCAAUGUUUAUGCAUUUGGUGUUUAUGCUGACAAUGAUGACAUAAAGGAAUCACUGAGUGAGAAGUACGGGAAACUCACUGUAUCUGAACUACAAGAAAAGGACUUUGACAAAGAUGUCAUGGAAGGCGAUAUAUGCAUGACUGUUAGACUUCAAAUCGUCUAUGGAAAACUGAGCAUCCGAUCAGUUCGAAGUGCAUUUGAAGAGUCUGUUGGAAACCGACUCCAGAAGUUUGGGGGUUCAGACAACAAAGAAUUGCUUCACAAAUUCACUUCCCAAUUCAAAGACGAGUACAAAAUACCUCGAGGAUCGGUGAUCGAUCUCUCAAAAGAACGAGGGCACGUCCUCCGUACAAUCAUUGAUGGAAAGGAAGUGGGAAGCAUCCAGAGCCAAUUGUUGUGUAGAGCCAUCUUAGAUCUCUAUAUUGGUGAAGAUCCAUUUGAUAAACAAGCCAAAGAAGACAUCAGACAAGCCUUAACUUCUAUUCUUCAGAAGUAAUAGUCAAAAAAUAAAGGGAGAGAAAAAUGAGGAGAUUGGUGCUGUCCUUCUUGUUUUGAUAUUGCUGAUGUUUAAAAUGGAGUUUCUUUUUCUCUCUCUCUCUCUCUCUCUCUUUUUCUUUUUACUGUUCGAAUAUUUAUUUUUUUGGUCAAUUUGCGUUUUGGGCUCUUUUAACCUUAAUGUCAAUCUCCUUUUUCUUUUUA